GGAAGCGCCUAGUCCAGGGCGGCGGUGGCGGUGGUCGCCGUGAUGGCUGUGGGGUUAGGUUGACUGCCGGGAUAGGAGCGGGCCCUGCACCCGAAUAUCGGCGACCGCUGCUCAAGCGCGGCCUGCAGCAUGGCCACCUCCGCCGCCUCCUCAGAGCAUUUCGAGAAGCUGCACGAGAUCUUCCGCGGCCUCCAUGAGUACCUACAAGGGGCGCCCGAGCGGCUGCUGGGGACGGCGGGGACCGAAGAGAAAAAGAAGUUGAUCAGAGAUUUUGAUGAAAAGCAACAGGAAGCAAAUGAAACGCUGGCAGAAAUGGAAGAGGAACUACGUUAUGCACCCCUAUCUUUCCGUAACCCCAUGAUGUCCAAACUUCGAACCUACCGGAAGGACCUUGCCAAAUUACACAGGGAGGUAGGAAGCACACCUUUGACAGCCACACCUGGGAGCCGAGGAGACACGAAAUACAGCACAUAUGCUGUGGAGAAUGAGCACAUGAAUCGGCUGCAGUCUCAAAGGGCAUUGCUUCUGCAAGGCACUGACAGCCUGAACCAGGCCAGCCAGAGUAUUGAGCGUUCUCAUCGGAUUGCCACAGAGACUGACCAGAUUGGCUCAGAAAUCAUAGCAGAGCUGGGAGAGCAACGAGACCAGUUGGAACGUACCAAGAGUAGAUCUUUUCUGCUUACACUCAGAAGCCAUCAUUUAAAUUGAUUUUAUUUCGUGGAGUUUUUCAAGGUAUACCCCUUUAUGCCCAUUUGUCAUUUUCGGAAUGUUCACAUUCUACAGUGUGUACUCUUGAAAGAAGGGGAAAUAAUUGUCAUUUUCUCUUCUCAGCUGGUAAACACAAGUGAAAACUUGAGCAAAAGUCGAAAGAUUCUCCGGUCAAUGUCCAGAAAGUAAGUUUUAAAAAUAAAGAGUCACAAAAUUAAUUUCUUUUAACUCUUAAUGGCUUUCAUCCAAGAAUGCCAGAGCUUAUAAUAGUGACUUACAAAACACCUCAGCCGUUGAUGCCACACAGUCUCCCUAUACUCAUUACUACCCAGCAGAUCAUAAGAAAUAAAGUAUGGAAUAGGGUCUUGUAUAGUUAAGUAAUCCUGGACAGAAUCCUUUGUUAAAAGUAUAUACUGCUCUGAAUACGCCCCCAUGGAAAAUUUACUCACUGAAAGGACUUCCAUUCCUUAGAGAAGACAGCGUGUGGGAGUAAUAGAGCUUUUAUGUUCCUUGAAAUAAUACAUUUGUAAAAACUAUGUUUAUUGCUACUGCUUGCUUUUGGCACUGUUUGCUCUUUAUGGGAAUUAACGUCUUACUGGUAGUUCUAGUCUUGUUAGCAAAAAGUUGACUUUAAAAAAAAACCUUGAAUUAAGUGCUAACUGCAGCAAAACCAGGGGCAAAAGGGAGGUAAUGUCACUGAGGCUAAAGGUGAGGCUAAGUGGGGUAGUGUGCAUUAUCUUGACCACAGGUAUCCUGGCAUAAAACAAACUACAACUGAGUCACAGAACUAGCAGAAGUGGAUGGAAUUUUCCUAAACAGUGGUCAAAUUCCUUGUAGAAGACAAAGAAAACUUCAAUUUAGAGCAAACAUAGGAACCAGAGAUAGGAUUCUUGUGUUAACAAAAAAGAAAGUUCCUAUAC